AUGUCUGAACGCCAAGAUUCUACAUGUAAAAAAUAUGAAUUACCAAAAUCAUUGCAAGGUACAGAGGAUGCCGAGUUCGUCUGGAACAUGAUAACCGAAAGAUUUCCAAAUGCAGCGCCGCUUUUAUGCGAAAUGGAGACGGUUAUCGACCGAGCCGAAGAUCUUCUUCAGCAAUUACGAGCACCUUGUCGUGAAAUUGAAACAUCUACCUCUUUCUUUACACAAGAUUCAGAAGACUCAACUGUAAUGUUUUCCGCUAGGGGAUCGGUAAUCACCGAAAAUGACACUAUAGAAGAAAGUGAUGCAAUAAGUAAGAACGUGGCCGAGAUACAAGUUUCAGAAAGCAGUAUCGACGAACGAGAAGUUAACUUAAUUGACGAAACUCAAAGUUUGGUUACUAAAGAACAAGAUAUAGGGAAUCAAUCUAGUGACUCGCUGAUGAUGAAUAGUUCUACUGCGCAGAAGUUUUCAAGCGACGAAUCUGCUUCUCUUAACGUUGAAACAAAUACCACUAAAUUGAUGAAAGAGACGGGUAGUUUAGAGGAGUGGGGUAAAAUAGCAAAUGCUGCUAUGCGACAAGACGCUGCCGAGGUGCAAUCUGUUAAAGAAACAAUUAACAUGUUCGAGAAACGAGCGAAUUUCGAAGAAAGUAAAAUGGAAAGCCACAGUAUAAAAAAACACGAGGAUUCUUGUAUUACGCUGCACCGCCAAGAAACAUGUGCUGACGUUGGUGAUUCCGUUAUGGAAAUUGGCUCCCAUCGAACCGCAAGUCAAAAAUUUAUCGUUGAUAAAGAUGAUGAUCUUUCAAUUCAAGGUAGUGGUGACGACAGUUCGUCGAAAAUCGUUAGUCAAAGAACACCAUUAAACAUUUUAGAGGCAUAUGCAAAACGUUGCAAAAUACCAGUUGAAUAUGAAUACACAAGCGACUGUUCACAUCGUCACAAAUCGAACGUCUAUGUAAUACGUGGAAAUCUCGCUGGAUUUGCUGCAACAUCUAGAGGUUUAACCGAAGAAUCAACAAAGAACGACUUAGCCGCGAAAAUUUUACAAAUGAUUGCGAAUCAGGAGAUGAAAGACGAAAAGCUAGGUGCUCUCGUGGAUCUUACACAGGAAGAACUGUUGGAAAUAAUUAAUCUAGGCACGGACGGUCUGAGAGAAACAGCUCAAAGAAAGUUGUAUCAACUUUGUCUUAAGAAAGGAGUUCCAGUUCCAAAGUAUUGCGUGGAAAAAAUGAAAACUUAUCAGGGUUUGACUUACAUCGCUACUUGCUCUGCGUUGGGCUAUAUCAGCGAAGGUCGUGGUGUGAGAGAGUGUGUGGCAAAGAAAGCAGCCGCUGACGAGUUGUAUCGUCAAUAUUGUGAGGAUCAAAAAGCAGAGUCGAAGUAACGUGUCUUCAAUCGACAAGAAUAUAAUACGAACAUCCGUUAAUUUGUUUCCACGAAGACUAAGCAAUCGAAAACGAUCCACCCAACUAGACCCCUCCAAUUGAACGAUCGAUUCGAUCAUAUUAUCAUUCAGAUAUAAGUCCUCUACCCCUUUGUACACAGGAUUCGUCGUAAGUGGCCUCAAAUCCUGUAUCUACAAUUAAAAUUCUAUUUUAUAAGAAGCAUUCAGCCGAUCUAUAUUAUCGUCAACAUUAUUGUCGAUAUUUAGGAUUCUCAAUAUCAUUGUAUGUAAAAGAUCAAUCUCUAGUCGAUCAAUGUAUACAUGUAUUAUGAAUACAACAUUGAGUACAUUAAAUCCUGACAAUAAUAUUGACAAGUAAUAUUGAUCGUCCGAAUACUCCUUUAGUUAUUAACGAGCUUUUAAUAUUAAACAUCUCGAAAAAUAGUAUUUAAAAUGUUGCAACUUUGUUUCCAGAUAAAUGAAGAGUAGUGGUGUUGGCGGGUAAGAAACUUGGCAUCUCGGUUAAUCCACGAUGACUACAAUUCACCGAAACAAAGGCCGUCAGUUGCUUCUGAAUAUGUUUCCCUCCGUUACCAAAUACGUAUACUAAUUCACACUCGCAUACAGUCUUUGUACACUCCUCUUUCAACGUCUGAAAUAGUAAAUUUAUUAAGUUCAAAUGGUUCGCAUAGAUUAACGUUGCUUUUAACGAAUAAACUGUAAUGUAAAAUUGA